AUGGACGUCAAAACGGCGUUUCUUAACGGUAUGCUUGAAGAAGAGAUCUACAUGAAGCAGCCUGACGGAUUUGUUGAUGCCAAUCAUCCUCACCAUGUGUGCAAGCUCAAGCGUGCGUUGUACGGACUCAAGCAAUCCCCUCGUAUGUGGAACCAGACUAUUGAUGAGUUCAUGCGCAAUAUUGGCUUCACCAAGUGCGAGAUGGAUCACUGUGUCUACGCCAAGCGUGACGACAAGGUCAUGAUGUUUGUUGUCAUAUACGUCGACGACCUCAUCCUUGCGUGCAACAACAUGGACAUCCUCGCAGCCACCAAACGUGCAUUAAGCGAGCGAUUCGAGAUGUCCGAUCUCGGUGAGCUUAAGUAUUGCCUCAGAAUAGAAGUCGAGCGCGAUAACAAGUCAGGUGAUGUAUCGAUGAAACAGACUAAGUUCUUGCGAUCGAUUCUGACCAAGUUCGGUAUGCAAGACUCUAAGCCUGUAAAGACGCCGCAAGAUCCCGGACUGAAGUUGACUAAGCGCAUGUGCAAAGAUGGAUGCAAGCACAACUACACCAUGCAAGGAGUGCCAUACCGAAGUGCCGUCGGAGCCUUGAUGUACCUCAUGGUAGGCACGCGUCCAGACCUCGCAGCUUCAGUGGGAGUGCUCAGCCAGUUUGCUGCUGACCCGUGUCCGACACACUGGCAAGCACUCAAGCGCGUGCUACGGUACCUGCAAGCGACUCCUACACUUGGUAUUCGUUUUAUUGGCGCUGGCAAUGGUAAAUUGCUUGGCUAUUCCGAUGCCGACUGGGCUGGAGAUAUUGAUACUAGACGAAGUACCAGCGACUACGUAUUUGUGCUAAACAACGGCUGCAUCAGCUGGCGUAGCAAGAAACAGCGCAGCGUGGCACUCUCGUCUACCGAAACAGAGUACAUGGCACUGUCGGAGGCGACCCAAGAAGCGACGUGGCUCAAGACGUUCAUGCGUGAGCUCGGCGAAGAAGCAGGCGAUGACACUCUAACUAUCUAUGAAGACAAUCAAGGUGCUAUUGCGUUGGCCAAGAACCCAGAGUUCCACAAACGCACCAAGCACAUCGACAUUCGCUACCACUUCGUGCGAGAAAAGGUCGAAAAGAAUCAAGUCGUGCUACAGUACUGUCCGACGCAAGAUAUGCUCGCUGACAUCAUGACCAAGGCAAUCGCAGCGCCACAGUUUACCAUCCUCCGUACUAAACUCGGCAUCACUGUCGGUGUCGAUACCGAGUCGAGUGGGAGUGUUGUAAAAGAAGCGACUCGGCAUGCAAACGGCAACCACAAGAACGUACGUGCAGACAAUUAG